AUGGAUGGUGCAGAAUUUAGGCGAAGGGGAAAAGAGAUGAUAGAUUAUGUUGCAGAUUAUUUAGAGAACAUUCAAGAGAGACGUGUGUUUCCAACUGUUGAGCCAGGGUAUCUGCAUCAACUUAUUCCCGAUCAUGCCCCAGAGGAGGGGGAGAAAUGGGACGAUCUCUUUAAGGACAUAGAGCGGGUCAUUAUGCCAGGGGUGACCCACUGGAACCAUCCACAGUUUCAUGCCUACUUCCCCUCAGCAAACUCCUACCCAGCUAUGUGUGCUGAUAUUUUAUGUGAUGCCAUUGGAUGUUUAGGCUUUACAUGGGCUUCCAGUCCAGCAUGUACUGAGCUAGAGGUGGUGAUGAUGGAUUGGUUGGCGAAACUGUUGAAUCUCCCAGAACAGUUCCUAUCUGGUGGUAAAGGAGGGGGAGUUAUACAGGGUACGGCAUCAGAAGCCACAUUUGUUGCACUACUGGCAGCAAGACAAAAGGCGAUACAAGACUAUAGACAUAAUCAUCCUGAAAUUAAAAAUGGUGAAGAAGUUGCAGAUAAACUUGUGGCUUAUUGCUCAGAUAAUUCUCAUGUCUCUGUUGAACGAGCUGGUCUUCUUGGGCGUGUAAAAAUAGUACAACUGCCUGCUGAUGACAAACAGAGUUUACGCGGGGACACACUCCAAGAGGCUAUCAACAAGGACAAAUCAAUGGGACUCAUACCAUGUUUUGUAUGUGCAACGUUGGGGACAACAAGCUCGUGUGCCUUUGACAACAUUAAAGAACUAGGGCCGAUAUGUGAGAAAGAAGGGAUUUGGAUGCAUGUCGAUGCUGCAUAUGCUGGGAGUGCCUUCAUCUGUCCAGAAUAUAGAUAUCUACUAGAUGGAGUCGAGCAUGCAAUGUCUUUUGAUUUCAACCCUCAUAAAUGGUUGAUGGUAAACUUUGACUGCUCAGCAAUGUGGUUGAAAGACUCAUCAUAUGUAGUUGAUGCAUUUAAUGUUGAUGCUGCAUUUCUUAAGACUGGUGGAAAUGAUAUUAAGAAAACCAUGCCAGACUUCAGACACUGGCAGAUCCCAUUUGGCAGAAGAUUCCGAUCUCUAAAGCUCUGGUUUGUUUUGAGACUGUAUGGCGUGAGAGCACUUCAGGAUAUUAUUCGGAAGCAAAUUGCACUUGCCCAUGAGUUUGAAGGCUUGGUGGUAAAAGAUGGAAGAUUUGAGAUUGUUGCUGAGGUCAUCAUGGGACUGGUGUGCUUCAGAAUGAAGGGACCAAAUGAACCAAACGAGAAGCUUCUAGAACUUAUCAAUAAAAAUGGCAGAAUCCACCUUGUACCUGGAAAAAUCAAAUCAACAUAUUUCAUCAGAUUUGCUGUAUGUGCAAAAUCAACUGAAUCCAAGGAUAUCGCGUAUGCCUGGAGUGUCAUAGCUGAACUGGCUACUAGAAUAAUAAGUGAAAACAAACGAUGA